GACAGCGUUCCCUUCAGCGAGUGUUCCGUGUGCCCCGCUGUCCUCCUGCACCCAUGGCUUUCCCUGCAGGCUUUGGCUGGGGGGCGGCCACCGCAGCGUAUCAGGUGGAAGGAGGCUGGGAUGCAGAUGGAAAAGGCCCGAAUGUCUGGGACACAUUCACCCAUCAGGGAGGAGAGAGAAUUUUCAAGAACCAGACUGGUGAUGUAGCUUGUGGCAGCUACACUCUGUGGGAGGAAGAUUUGAAAUGUAUCAAACAGCUUGGACUGACUCAUUACCGCUUCUCUCUUUCCUGGUCACGUCUGUUACCUGAUGGGACGACAGGUUUCAUCAACCAGAAAGGAAUUGACUAUUACAACAAGAUCAUCGACGAUUUGUUAGCAAAUCAGGUUACUCCUAUAGUGACCCUCUACCACUUUGAUUUGCCUCAGGCCUUAGAAGACAAAGGAGGAUGGUUGUCGGUGGCAACCAUUGAAUCCUUCAAUGAAUAUGCCCGGUUUUGCUUCAGUACAUUUGGGGAUCGAGUCAAACAGUGGAUCACCAUAAAUGAGGCUAAUCUGUUUGCCCUGCUGGCAUACGAUCUUGGUAUGUUUCCUCCAGCUAUACCUCACCAAGGAACCGGAGGUUACCAAGCAGCUCAUAAUUUGAUUAAGGCCCAUGCGAGAGCCUGGCAUAGCUAUGAUUCCUUAUUCCGAAAAGAGCAGAAGGGAAUGGUGUCCCUAUCACUUUUUGCUGGCUGGGUGGAGCCAGCCGAUCCCAACUCAGUGUCUGAUCAGGAAGCUGCUAAAAGAACCUUGGCUUUCCACUUGGAUUUCUUUGCUAAACCCAUAUUUAUUGAUGGUGAUUAUCCGGAAGUGGUCAAGUCCCAGGUUGCUGCCAUGAGUCAAAAGCAAGGCUAUCCAUCAUCCAGGCUUCCAGAAUUUACAGAAGAAGAGAAGAGGAUGAUCAAAGGCACAGCUGAUUUCUUUGCUGUGCAAUAUUAUUCCAGUAGCCUAGUCAAGCACCAGGAGAAUGAUAAAGGAGAACUGGGUAUUUUCCAGGAUGCAGAGAUUGAAAUUUUUCCAGACCCAUCUUGGAUAAAUUUAGGUGGGAUCUAUGUGGUGCCAUGGGGAAUACGUAAACUACUGAAAUACAUUAAGGAUACGUAUAAUAACCCUGUAAUUUACAUCACCGAGAAUGGGUUUCCCCAGGGUGACCCCGCGCCUCUUGAUGACACUCAGCGCUGGGAGUAUUUCAGACAGACGUUCCAGGAACUGUUCAAAGCUAUCCACCUUGAUAAAGUCGAUCUUAAACUCUACUGUGCAUGGGCUCUUCUGGAUAACUUUGAGUGGAGGCAGGGGUACAGCCUGCGGUUCGGUUUCUUCCACGUCGAUUUUGAAGAUCCAGAGAGGCGCAGAGUCCCUUAUACAUCAGCCAAGGAGUAUGCCAAGGUCAUUCGAAACAAUGGCUUAGAGGGACAUCCAUAGACAAAAUCGCUGGGCAAGUAUCACCUGGAAAAGAGGCCUUCGGGUUUGGAAAGGAAAUCCGCUUUGGUGAUCCCUCA